AUGACGCGAGAAACGACUAGCAAUCGUUUGGAACAGUUCCAGAAGUUGAACAAUGCGCAGCUCAGUUACUUAAAAUACGUUGGCUUAUGGCCUCUCGACUCGAAUUCAUCCGCGUUCCUAAGAUGCUCAUACCACGUGUACAACAAAUCUGUCUUAGCGAUUAUGCUCGUCUUCAUGAUAACUCUAUUUGCUGACAUUUGCAUGAGUUUUGACGACCUGUCAAUCGUUACGGACGACGGAUGCAUCUUUGCUGGGAUUGUCGUCGUGUUCUUCAAGGUGAUGAUCUUCCAAACUCGUCAUGAGAAAAUCAUACGAUUGCUCCGCAAAACUAUCGGCAAUUGUAUCGAACUCUGCAAGUUUCCCAUUGGCGUCGAAGACAAAAUCGUGGACAAAUACCUGCUGCUCUGUCGCGUGACCUUCUACGGAUUUAGCAUCCUGGGUUUCUUCCUCGUGAUCGUUCUGCUGUUCGUCGUGCCUGUGGAGCACGGAGAGCUCCCGGUGAGGGCGCAGUACCCCUUCGAUACAACCGUGUAUCCAUGGCACGGAAUUGGUUUUUUCGUCGAGGCCUGCACCGUUUCCGUCGGUGUAACCGCCAUCAUCAUGAUGGACAGUUUGCUUACCAUUUUAUGCAAUUUAUUUCUCGUGCAGCUCGAAAUUUUGAACGUACAUUUUAAGAGCUGCGGCAACAACGACUGGUACGAUGCGACGCCAAGUGGUAUGGAUAAGCGAAACUGCACCAUCGAUGAAAAUUCUUGUUACGGGGCAUUUUCUACAACCGAAGCCAGCUGCGAAAAGGAUAAUUAUGAUCCGGACGCGAUUCGCUGCGGCGGUUUCGCCGAGCGGUUCGGACGAUCCAUCCGUAAUCAUCAACGUCUGCUCGCCAUAAUACACGACUUCAACGAAGUCUUCAGCGCCGGCAUGUUCGUUCAGAUGCUCUCGAGCACCUCGAUGAUUUGCCUAACUGGCUUCCAAGCAGCCUUGGUCAUAGGCCAGAGCUCCAAUACCUUAAAGUUUGCGGUAUACCUGAUUGCAGCUCUUUCGCAGCUUUUCUAUUUCUGUUGGCUAGGAAACGAAGUGAAAUACCAGAGCGCAUCGUUGACGCAAAGCCAGUGGCUUUCAAAAUGGAAUGAUGACAUUUCCGCCAAGUCUGGACGUCUGCUAAUACUGUCCAUAAUAUUUUCAAGAAAAGCAAUAAAUCUGAAAGCAGGUGUGUUCUACGCUUUAUCCAUGGAGACAUUCACCGCGAUCCUGCGAGGCUCGUACUCUUUCUUCGCUCUGUUGAACACUAUGCACUCGGAAGACGAUCAGUGAAUCCGACAACCCUUCGGCUCUAGUUAUCAUAGAACGUCUGUGAUUAAGUAUUUCGUUGCGAAGCGUAUUGGAGCAAUACAGUUGAAAACUAACAAUAACAUGUGCGUCAGCGAUC